AUGCAACGGUUGUGGGCUCCAGAUCCAUCAGGGACCAUCAAUCCAGCGAAACUUACACAGCGCGCCGUGGGAGUCACUCCGCUUAUCCAUGAGGAUUUCGAUGGCUUGUGUAACCCACCUCCAAUUGACGCGCAAGAAACGACAAACGCUACAGGCCAAGAUGAUCCUGUAACCUCAUCUCCAUUGCCUGCACCGUCAAUACCUCGCCCGUCCAUUCCCCUUCCUCGAAUCUGCUCUGACUGGGAAGGCUAUGACACUUUCCUGAGUGAAAGCGAAAGAUACCAGGAGUACAGGCUAAGGUUUGAGGCCCUCCAUAUCCCCAAGAAACACCCCUCUACUGCGAGGUCGAGACGCAUCUCCCAUCAUGGCUAUUUCCGCAGUCAGACGUGGCGUGGGAAAAGGUUACAUAUCCCCCGGGAUCCCAAGGCAGGCUUCGAUGCGACGGUCGUGAUAGAUCGGGGUAGAAUGUCGAUUUAUGACGUUUACCUUCUGCGAGUCGACAUCAUGAAGAACAUCAACUCCUUCCGAAGACACCAGGUCGUAUACUACCCGGAAACCGAAACAUACGCCUUCUACACACGUGAAGGUCGCGUUGGACUCGAGGGGCGCGGAAGAGUCGAAAUUGAAUCUAACUGCUUCGCCACUGUUGCUGACAGGUUUCGCAAGUCUUUUCAUGACGAAACAUACUCGAAUUGGACCAGAAGGUACGAAGCUCUGUUGAGGUGCUACCGGAAAUAUGCUUUCGUUGAGCUCGAUUACCACAAGACCUCGGCCUCUCUUUUAGAGCUUCCCGCGUACACGACGAUCAAUGCGAAGGUCAAUGAGGAGGUCAAGGAUUUGAUGGAGUACAUACUCUUUGGAGGCCCAGCGAGCAGUCGAACCACCAGCAGCGAGAACCCAAGCGCGUCCAGAUCAUGGCUAGCAUUUACGGCUCCGUACGAGCAGCUCAGUUCGUGGGCAGUCUUCUCAGCAUUCAAGACUUUAGAGUAUAUCCGUAAGCACAUCGAGUCCGGCAAUGUCAUCAACUGGAUGACCAUACUCAGGCUCUCGUCGCUGUACCGCAGUCAGAUUCCGUUCUGCUGCGCUGAGGAACGCCCCCCAGUGAUCUCAAGCUACCACGCGCUCUUCCUCGAGGCGAAAUUUCUGUACUGCCUUUGGCCGCAACAGGAGAUCGCUGCCAUGGCGAAGGCAAUGCACUGCCGGGGAUCCCUGCAAUUGAAUAAGCACAAGACUCUGGCCCAACCUCUGUACCAGGCUUAUAGCUCUCUGCGGCACGGGUUCCGCCGCCUGACGGACUCGUCAACCACGGAGUUCCGUCAGCUAAGAAACUAUCUGGAGAGAUCGUGCCACCAUAUUCACUGCUUGAACGUGGAGCUAGAGGAUAUAUACAGGCUGUUCGUGAAAGCCCAGCUGCCGAACCCGUACCGCGACUGGAUCGAAAGCAAGCAGACGGUCCCUGAUCCAUCCGGCUCUGAAUUGCGGGUGCUCCUGUGGCACGGCACGGCGCUGGACUCGCUGCUCGGCAUCCUGGAGCUGGGCCUGCAAGUACGCCGCCCGGGAGCUACCUGGACGGGCACCAUGUUUGGCAAUGCCAUCUACCUGGCCGACGCGUCGAGCAAGUCUGCUGGCUUCUGCAAGUCCGACGCCUGGGGUGGCCAGGGCAUCCUACUCCUUUGCGAGGCUGACAUCGGUGGGGGCCUCCUCCGCUCGACGACCAGCAUCUACAACGGUCACGAGAUCAUCAAUCAAUCCUGUGGCCGAUACCGGUGCAUCCAGGGGCUCGGCCGCACAGGUCCGUCCAGAUGGAGGGAGGUUGAUUGGGAGUUGGACCCGCCCUUGAGUGGCCGCGUGCCCUUGAUUCCCGAAACGAGAAUUCCCUAUGGUCACACCCACUCUCGAGGCAUCUUGGGAUUCAACGAGUAUGCUCUCUACGAUCCGUCGCACGUGCUGCUGCGGUACCUGUUCCGAGUCAAGAUUAAGCGACGAUUUCACUAG